AUGACGAGCGUGGAGGAGGAAACGGACAGCUUGGCCACCUCCGACUCCCAGUUCGGGGAGGAAGUAGAGCUGCCCAUCAUCCAGCUCUGCGGCCUGGUGGAGGAGCUCAGCUACGGAAACUCUUCUCUCAAAGUCGAAACUGAGAUGUUUGAAAAAUAUUACAAUAAGCUGGAGCCUCGAGAUCAGCGCUUCCCACGCAUGUCAGAUUUUAAAAUAGCAACGGACUUUACACAGUUUCGGGGCAGGCGGAAAUCCAAAUCCCGGGUGACCACAGAUCAUCUGAUAGUCCUCACAGUGGAUCAGAAAUGCGACCUGGCCCUGCGGGAGCUAGAAGACAUCAAAGAGGAAAUGAGGCAACUGAGGGCAAAUUCUGAGCGGGAACUUCAGCGGCACGAGGCUAUCAUAGAAGAGGCUGAAAUCCGAUGGGCUGACAUUAAAAAGGCUGUGCAGGACUUUGAGAAGGAGAUUAUAAAUACGAUAUCUCACAAGCGUGGUAGUGCCGUGGCCACUCAGAGGGUGCUGAAGUACGUGGAGGACAGGAAUGUUCGCAGGGAUGCUUUGAGGGAUAAAUUACGUUUGAAAAACCUUUCUCUCAAAGUCCAGAAGAAAAAACUUCUGAUGCAGUUGAAACAGAAGGAAGAGGUUGGGGAGGCGCUCCAUGAUGUGGAUUUUCAGCAGCUGAAGAUCGAGAAUAUUCAGUUUUUGGAGAAUAUUGAUCAGCGGAAUCGAGAACUGAUACAGCUCAAGCUUACAGCAGGAAACGCUCUCCAUUUUCUCAAUUUAUACAAAGGCAAGCUUCAGCGAGUGACAGAAACAACCACCCAUGUGGAAAAAGAGAUUGCCCUGAGGAAGGAGAUCCUGGAGAAAAUUGAAAAGGAAACCACGCAAGCAGAAGAGGACCGAGCCAAAGCAGAAACUUUGAACAAGAAGUUGAGGAAGCGGCUGGCGACUUACAAAGUGCCCCCCGUCAUGAUGUACGUCCACGAGAAGGUGGCCAACUAUGAGCUGGAAAAGAGCAUUAAGACGUGGGAGAGGAAGGUGGAGAUUGCCGAGAUGUCUCUAAAAAGCUACCGAAAGGCUUGGAAUAGAGUAAAGAUGACCAGUAACCUACUGGAGACAAGUGUCGUGCUGUGAAGUGGC